AUGUCAAGAUUGUUUAGGAAUUUUGAAAACUGCAGUUGUAAUUUUAUUGUGAGUCGCGAAGUAAACAGAAAUUUCCUUGAUUCUCAUUAAUUAAAAUGAAUAUACCCUUCCCUGUUUUGUUGCCGCGCCUCAUCGAUUCUAAGUGGUUUAACGCCGAUAGUCCUUGCGAUGAAGAUGCAGAAUUGACAAGUUUGGAACAAGCGAAUCAACAUUGGUUAAGUUCUAUUGGACAACAAUAUAUGAAAAGAGCCCCAUUAGGGAAAACAGAACCUGAGCCAAUGGAAGAAGAAGCGGAUACCGAUGAAGAAGAAGGAAAUGAUGAAACAGAUGAAUCUGAGGAAUCUCAUGAUGAAGACGAGGAAGAAGAAUUACAAACAACAUAUUCACCACCAAGAAACAACAACGAUUUGGAACCAGACAGCUUAGAUGAUGUUAAUGACGCAUCAGAAACCAACACAUCAGACCAAAGUGCGAUGUGGCCAAUUCAGUAGCGAAUUCUAUCUUUACAUCAAGACAGUUAAAGUCUGCAAGUAAUAUGCGGAGUAACUGAAGAUAUGCUGACCCAGACCCAGUGCAGUGAUUGAGUUGACUACUUUAUCAAAGCAGUUUUGUUAACUACUAUAUUUUAUGUGUAAUUAAGUCAAAAAAAGAAUAAUUAUUAUUUAUGUACUAUCGUUAAAAAAAAUAUUAUGUGCCUCUUGAUAUUCUGUGGGCUGACUUCUAUGACACUUGUAUUGACACAUAUUUUCAUCCCUCACAUUCUCUUUGAAAAAACAGAGACAACAAUAUGUGUCAAAUUUCACUGCAGUGGAAAACUACAAAGGUACAGUUUCCUGGAAGUGAAGUGAAAUAUUACUUUUUUUAGAACCAUUAUUUUUUAAUUUGAAAUUUUUAACUACAUUGCUGCUUGUGGGAUAAUUUUCUAGCUUAAUUAAAUUGUCUAAAAUUUUCAUAUUAAAAAUCAUACUUUUU